GUUACAGAACUUCCUUCAACGAGAAUGGUUCUUCUUAAAAAUUGUAUGACAUUGAGAGGCUUAUUGCUACCAAGAAACAAAAUUAAAUUAUUUAUAAAAGCUAAUUAUAGCGAAGAAACAAGGCCACACUUUUCCUUAUGGAGAGCCGAAAAAGAAGUACCGACAUCAAAGGAAGAAAUAGAAAAGGCAGCUAAAAAGUAUAAUUUACAUCCACGGGAAUACGAAGCUUAUGAACCAAAUGGAUUUGGAUACGGUGAUUAUCCAAAACUGCCAUUUGUUGGUCCAGAAGCAAAAGAUCCAUAUUAUCCCUAUGAUUUUCCUGAAUUCAGAAGAAAUCUUCAUGAAGCGGUACAUAUCGAAGCAGAUAUAAUUGGAGAAGAUCGGUAUUCAGCUGGAGUUCGGAAACAUGUAACAUUUGUGCAAGCAAUAUUUAUGUUCUUUGGUACAACAGGAGCCCUCGGAGUAUUAUUUUACUUUCUCCAAUCUUAUCCAUGGUUCCAACCUGUAAUGGAAAAGCAAUAUCCUCAAUCUGGUGUAAAACAUUAUACCUUUGAGCCAGCUAAAACUAGUUAAUUAUAAAUUAUAAAAUGUUACAAUACUUUGUAGAUGUCAUUAAUGUUGUAUGUAUACAAAAAUAUAUUUAAGAAAUCCAUUA